AUGCCUGACAGGAAGAUUCGUGGCGCAUUUAUUGUCGUUGAGGGCCUCGACAGGUCCGGCAAGAGCACUCAAGUCGCGCUUCUCGAGGAACGCCUGAAGGCUGAAGGAGUACCCGUGAGACUGGUCAAGUUCCCUGAUCGUACUACACCAAUCGGUAAACUGAUCGACUCGUACUUGCGCUCGGGGUCCGAGAUGGAUGACCGCGCGAUUCACCUUCUCUUCUCUGCGAACCGCUGGGAGCUUGCCAAAUCUAUGCAGGACUCUCUCGAGUCUGGCACGACAGUAGUCUGUGAUCGUUACGCCUUCUCUGGGAUCGCCUUCUCCGCUGCCAAGAACGCCCCCGGGAUGUCCUACGAAUGGUGUCGUGGCCCUGACAUUGCACUGCCCGCCCCCGACGUCACGCUCUUCCUUGCCGUAUCGCCAGAACAGCAGCAUACAAGGGGAGGAUUCGGGGAGGAGCGCUACGAAAAGUCGGAUUUCCAGGAGCGUGUCGAGCAUGUCUUCGAGCGCAUCGGGGUGGAGAUGGGCGAUGGGUCGCGGUGGUUUGCGGUCGAUGCGGACCAAGGGAAGGAGGAGGUCGCGCAGGAGGUGUGGCGGCUCGUGCAGCCUUUGGCAAAGGGAACCGAUAGGCCGCUUGCGAGGCUUUGGGCAGAUUUGGACGAGCGGGUGAGGAAUGCGCAUUUAUAUAUUUGA